AUGUCCUUGGCAGCGUUACAACCAGAGCUUUGGACUUCGAGUUCGAAUCAGGCACUCACCAUUUACAUAACUGAAAAUGGGUUGGCUACACCUUUUCAGCCCAGCUUUACCUAUCCCAUCUUUGGAGACUCAGAAACCAUAUUUGGUUACAGGGACCUUGUAAUCUAUCUUUGCUUUGACCAUUGUACAUUCUUGCCAUUUUUGAAUGUCAAAUACCUGGCCAAGCUCGAUGACGAUAAAGUUAGUGGAGGAUUAGUUGAUCCAAAGACAAAACUUCUUGAGUUCCUCCCAGAGCUGACGGUGUUCAAGGAUGAAGCGAAAUGGCUCGAAAAAACGGACGAAGAAGUGGAAAAUUUCAAGAUUCCAGGUACCCAGAUUGGAGACCAAUUUGAAAUUGAGGAUGAGAAGUAUGCCAUUUUCAAGUUGGAUCUUGAAUCUGCUGAAGGCGUGGAACUUCACAAGAGGCUCCAGAUAUUGGUCCUUUUGUUCAUCGAAGCCGGUUCCUAUAUAGAUAUAAACGACAAAUUAUGGGAUAUUUAUAUCUUGUACAAGGUGACAAGUGCAGAAAACCCCUCCAUUGUCGGGUUUGUCACAGCGUACAACUACUGGAGGUAUCCAGGGUUUAAGAAAUUUGAUGCAGGGGAACAAGAAAUUAGAAAGAAGGUUUCCCAAUUUAUAAUAUUACCCCACUACCAGGGCAAGCAAUUGGGUGGUGAGUUUUACAAUCGAUUAUUUGACCACUGGCUCAAUGACGUACCGUCAGUAGUAGAAAUUGUGAUAGAGGAUCCAAAUGAACAGUUUGAUGAUCUUAGAGAUAGACAAGACCUUAUACGAUUAGAUCAGCAGCUAAGUGGGGGUCACCAAGCCCUUAAGGUGAGCGAAUUGACCCCAGAGUGGAUUUUGCAAACCAGAACUAAGCUUAAGAUGGAGAAGAGACAAUUUUCAAGGUUGGUAGAAAUGUUGUUAUUGCAUGCAGGAAAUAAUAGCAAAAGAGACAUAAGGCUAUACAUUAAGAAGAGACUUUAUGAAAAGAAUAAGGAAACUUUGGAGACUCUUGAUCAGCCUACAAGAUUGGACAAGUUACAGACGGCGUAUGAAUCAUUGGAGCAAGACUACAGAAGGAUUCUUAAGCCGGUGAAGUUUAAGAGAAGAGCAGAGGAUGAUGCUGUGGGGGGAGGACGAAACGAGAAGAAGAAAAUCCAGAAAGAGUAG